AUGAGUUCUAUUCUCGAAAAACACUGGACUGAUAUAUUUCUCUUCACAUUAGUGGAAGUUGUCGCGGGUGAUCAAUCAGGAAAAACCCAGAUGAGCCAAAGUGAUAUACUGAGACCAUUGGGAGGCCGAGGUAAUGUGCAAAAGCAAAAGAGCAAAGAUCUGUUAAGUAGUCUUUUCAUCGAAGAGGCUAAACAUGAUUCACAUGUAGCUAAAGUCUUGGUUAAACUCGUUGGCCUUCUUGACUUGGAGGCGAAAACUCUGACGGAAAUCAAAGUUAAAUUGCUUCUUCAUGCAAAUAACAGACUUCGCAUCCUAUCGAAGCAACGACUCGGAUGCUGGCCACAAGACUGUAUCACCAGUUGUCAGGCUGCACCGCACCUCUUGACUACAACUAGCCUUGACGAAGUGGACCUUGGAUACAAGGAUCAAGCCUUACUUUCGGAACAGCAAGUCCACAAAAUCUUCUUCACCCCCAUUGUUGGAUCAGACCCUCAAAAGUUAUUUAGUGUGGUGAAGAAGAUAUUCGCGGAACUCUCAGCAACUGCAUGCGUACAAGCCACAUCAUUUUGGCUUGACUUGAUUGAAGGAGUUUCAACUAAGGUGUUCGAGCCCAAUCGGACUGCUGAAAAAAAUCAUUCAGCUUGGGAAAAAGACUAUCCGAACUUUUGCCCACGUCUACACGUGUAG